UGGUGCUUUUCGGUCAGAUACAACAAUUUCAAUUGUUCUUUUAGAUGUGAACUGUGCUUCAGUUAGGAGCUGCUUUUGAAUGCUUUCUUGUAAGAUUCCACAAUCUGAACUAUCUCUUAGUGCUUCAUUAAGCCCCUUACCAUAUUGACAAUGCUCACAGCCAUUUUGCUGAAAUGGACUCCUCUUCCUUUUGAUUCUGCUUAUGAAACCUAAAGUGUUCUGCAAUCAACAGUGGCUUUGGUUCUAAAUCUUCCUGCAUUACUUUCACGAUAUCAGCAAAACUCAUUUCUGCUGAUUAGGUUGGAGCCGUCAAACUCUGAAAAUUAAUCUGAAUUUGAAGACUGCAUAUGGAAAAAUCAUUUAACUACCAAGCAACAGAUUCAUUUUUUCCACUAUGGGUUUCACUGUGGAAUCAUGGUUGGUAAGAUCCAUCUUGAAGGAAGCAAAGUGAAUAUUUAGAGCUGCAAGAUGGCUGAUUUCUCAAGUAAAUUAUCUCUAAUAUACUGAGUAAUUUCCUCUGUAAUGUCAUACAAUACCAGAGAAUCCAGCUGCACACAGUUUGAAUGAUCAUGGGUUUUAUCAACUCGUAAAUUUCCUCUGGCUUUUAGAAUCCCACCAAAGGGGUUCACUUGGAAUUCGGCCUUUCAAUCUUCAGCAGGGACAUCUUGAGAACCGCCACCGCAAAGGCCAUGCUAUGACAGUCAAAGAAAAAAACCAGGAUACUGAGAGUCGUUCGUUCAAGAUGACCUCUGAAGAACUAGCUGCUUCUGUGUUUGUAGGCAUGGGAUCAGGAAAGAUGAUACCGUCCCAGUCAGCUGGAGAUGAAAAUAGGUUGAGAAAUUCAGGCUGUGAUGUCAAUGAGGGGAUGCUGGCUGCAGAUCCUAUGUCAAUCCUUCAGAGUCCUCCUGACAUUCCUAAAGACUUGCAGGGAAUAGCGCACAGUGCACUGCCAGUGAUGUCCGUGGCACAACUGACAGCAAAAUAUAAUGCAGCCAGUGGAAUGGAAUUUAAGGGUAGUGCAAUGGGAACUACAAGCUCACAUGUAAGGUGCCACAAUGGAAACAGGUGCUCAUCUAGACAGAAAAAAUGUGAUUCCAGCUUGGUUUUAGAGAAACUUAAGCCUACAAAAUUGCAAACUGAUAAAGGUAUACACUGGAACCCCGAGAUUCGACCCUCAUUCUUGCGUGAAGGGAUCAAAAAAGAAGAUAGCAGCUCACUAGAAAAGUCUUCCAUAAAUGUGCCAUCAUUGUGCAACCGAACAGUAAUGGAAGACGAUUGUACAAAUAGUGGCUUGAAGGUAAAGCUCCAUGCCAGCUGUGGGAAUAAACAGAACCAUAUAUUUUAUCGUGGACAACGUUCACAGGAGACUUCAAUUUUCCGUGUUGAUGAAAACUAUCAAUCUUCAACCUCUACUUGUACAUCUAAUACGUCAUUGCAGUUUCCAAAGGGCUACAUUGGAGAAGGCGACCACAACAUUAAUUAUAGUUGUCCAAGCCUGAAAGCCACACAGGGAGGAUUAAGCACAGAGCUAAGGAAGCUGAAGCUGAAACCUUUGACUGAGAAGUUUGUUGCAAGCCAUUUGAUCAACCGAAGUCCUCUGAAACCUUCUGAAAGCUAUUUAGAAGAUUCAGAUGAUGCCUGUGACGAAGGAAUGGAAGGUGCAUUUAACCGAAACAAAAAGGAGCGGUCCACUUUGCUGUUUAGAAGAUACAAUAAGAAUAACCGAGAAGUGAAGAAAUCUGUAUAUACAGGAUCUAAAGCACGGACAAGGAGACUGCCAUCAGGGCACAUAGGUGCAAAGGCCAGGAAGGCUGUCAGCCAAAACAGAAACAUUAUGCAUGAUGUCAAAGUUCCUAGAGUUCCCAGUGAGAAACUCAUGAUGUGCCAAGCAAUACUGAUGGCAGAUAACUGGAGCAGACCCUGCAGGUUCAAGAUUCACUAUACUCUGGCAGUAGAAUCAUAUGAUUACCUUCUGCAUCCUUCGAGAAAGAUCUUGGCUUCAGCGGUCAACAAUAGAAGCCUAGGAGUUGGAGCUUACCUCAAACUAUGUGCCAAUGAUUCCGUGCCGAAGAUACGUGCCACCUUGUACAGGACCACUGUUUCUGACCACGUGGCUGGCGCUCUGCUAGAAGCAACUGCGGUCACUGGGACAAGGAACACACUCCUCAGUCCUUCAGGGAUUCCCACAGGCAGAGCAAUGCUCAAAGAGCGGCCACUCUGCAUAACAAUGGCUGGUUCAAGCACCCUGCCAUCCAACAUGGCUAGCAUCAGCAAGGAGCUGACGGACCUUCAACACUUGAUCCAGUUCCCUGAGGAGAUUGCCAGUAUUCUGACCGAGCAAGAGCAGGAACUCUACCGCAAGGUCUUACCGCUUGACUACCUCUGCUUUCUGACCAGGGAUUUGGUAAAUCCCAGUUGCCCCGGCAGGUCAUCCCCCCUCAAGACCUCCAUCUCGGCACCUUUUCUGGACACCAAAAGUAGGGAGCACAAUGCAAUUGAAGACCUGGUGACACGGUUUAAUGAGGUGAGCUCCUGGGUGACAUGGCUGAUCCUGACGGCCGGCUCCAUGGAGGAGAAGAGGGAAGUGUUCUCUUACUUGGUCCAUGUGGCAAAGUGUUGCUGGAACAUGGGUAAUUACAACGCCGUGAUGGAAUUCUUGGCAGGCCUCAGGUCUAGGAAGGUUCUGAAGAUGUGGCAAUUUAUGGACCAGUCUGACAUUGAAACUAUGAGGAGCCUGAAAGAUGCAAUGGCACAGCAUGAAACAUCAUCUGAAUACCGGAGAGUGGUAAGCCGUGCUCUAAAUAUCCCCGGGUGCAAAGUGGUUCCCUUCUGUGGAGUCUUUCUGAAGGAGCUAUGUGAUGUCCUAGAUGGUGCAGCCACUUUGAUGAAAUUCCACUCACGCUGUGAUUCUCAGGAGGACACCUUUGAGUUUAUUGCAGACUACAAUGGCCAGGAACAUUUUCUGCAGCGAAUUGGAAAAGAUGGAUUAAAUAAUACAGAGAAAGAGUCCACAGUGAAUAACAUUCUCCAGACCAUUCGAAGCUGUAACAGAAGCCUGGAGUGUGAAGAAGGGGAAGAAAGUAGUGGUGAUGGUGGCACUUCAAGGAAGAACUCAUUCAAAGAUAGAAGCAAAUAUCACACGUCCAGGGCAAAGGCAUCUUCAGAGUCCAAUCAAACAUUGUUCAUUGUUGGAGACCUGUCAGACUCAGAGAGCGAUUCCUUUGAGCAAUCCAGUGAGUUUGACCUGGGUGGGACAGAGGACCAGCAGAAGGCGUUUAAUCAUGAGACGGAACUCAUUCCUUGGUAUGUAUUGUCCAUUAGAGCUGACGUCCAUCAGUUUCUCCUGCAAGGAUCCACAGUCAUACAUUAUGACCAGGAGGCUCAUCUAUCAGCACGCUGCUUUCUCAAACUGGAAGCUGACAACUGUACUCUGACUUGGUCAAAACCACCUACAGCCAACCCAACCAACGCCAAGGUGAAAAGCAUAGUACCGGGUAAUAGCACAGAUGUUGGUAAUACGAAGUUUCAGCUGUAUGGGCACAUUGCAUUAAAUGGACUUGUAGAAGGCUUUUUGGACAUGUCUGUGGUGAAAGCUGUUUACAUGGGACAUUCAGGAAUUGAUCUUAAUACUGUUUGCAUUCAAAACAAACUUUCCCAGAUGACCCUGGAGGACAAUUGCAUAACAUUGCUGUAUGGGGUCCAUACGACUGAUAAUCGCUUAUUGCACUUUGUGGCUCCUAAGUACACUGCUAAAAUGGUGCAUGAUGGAUUACAGGAACUGGUGACGGCUGUGAGGAAAAUGAAGAAGUUUCCUGACCAAAGACUGCAAUGGCUGAGGAAGCAAUAUGUCAAUUUGUAUCAGGAGGAAGGCAAGUUUGAGGGACCAACACUGGCUCAGGUUAUUGAACUCUUUGGAGGCAGACGAUGGAUCACAGGGAACACAGCCACAGCGACUGUAAACAAAAGCACAGAAAAAUCCAACCUGCAGCGCAACAACACACUGGGAAUGAACACAGCCAAAAAGAUAAAGAAAUCACUCAUCAGGGGAGACAGUGGGGAGAUCACUGACGAGGACAUGGGCACACGCAAAGCUCGAAACUGCAAAGAAUCGCGAAGCAGGAGCGGAUCUGACCCAGCAGACUUCGAUGAACAAGAAGAAUCAGAUUUGAGUAUUGCAAUGGCUUCUCCUGGUUCUUAUACGCUUCCUGCCAGAGCCCGUUCACUCACCACGCCACCAUCCGCUACGUUGGGCCCUCCAGCGACCACACCAGUGAGACCAGUCUCCUCUCCAGUUCUUUCAACUACCAGCAAGACCAAAACUGGCCCAAGAGGGAGUAACAGCUGGCAUGGACGGGUAAAAGGAGGGCUGAAAGGAUUUCAGGACUUCAUGGUCUCUGACAGCAACAUGAGUUUCGUUGAGUUCGUCGAACUUUUCAAAUCAUUCAGUGUACGAAGCAGGAAGGACCUGAAGGAUCUUUUUGACAUUUACUCUGUAUCAUGCAAUCGCUCGGGCUCAGAAUCUGCCCCACUGUACACAAACCUGACGAUCGAUGACAACAUCACUGCGCUGCAGCCUGACCUAGACCUGUUAACAAGAAAUGUGUCGGAUCUCGGUCUGUUUAUAAAGAGUCGACAGCAGAUAACAGAUAAUCAGAGACAAAUUUCUGAUUACAUCGCGGCGACCAGCAUUGUGACCAAUCGAGUGGAAAUUGCUUCUCUGGGAGAAAGUGAAAUGGGAAUUGAGCAAUUGAAUGACUUCCUGGUCAACUGUCAAGGGGAGAAUCACACCUAUGAUGAAAUUCUCAGCAUUAUUCAGAAAUUUGAGCCAUCUGUCAACAUGCGCCAGCAGGGACUGAUGUCAUUUGAGGGGUUUGCAAGGUUCCUAAUGGACAAGGAGAACGUUGCUUCAAAGAACGAUGAAUCUCAAGUUAAUAUCGAGGAUCUGCAGUUUCCACUUUCAUACUAUUACAUUGAGUCCUCUCACAACACGUACCUUACUGGCCAUCAACUGAAAGGAGAAUCCUCAGUCGAACUUUACAGCCAGGUGCUGCUGCAAGGGUGCCGAAGUGUUGAGCUGGACUGUUGGGACGGGGAUGAUGGUAUGCCAAUCAUAUAUCACGGGCACACGCUGACCACCAAGAUCCCGUUUAAGGAUGUCAUCGAAUCAAUCAAUCGCAAUGCCUUUGUAAACUCUGAAAUGCCGGUGAUUUUGUCAAUUGAGAAUCACUGCUCACUGCCCCAGCAGCGGAAGAUGGCAGAAAUUGUUAAGACUGUAUUUGGAGACAAGCUGGUGACCAAAUUUUUGUUUGAGAGUGAUUUUGCAGAUAAUCCAAUGCUGCCUUCUGUAUGGCAACUGAAAGGAAAAAUCCUCCUCAAAAACAAGAAAUUGAAGGCUCAUCAGACUCCAGUGGACAUACUGAAACAAAAGGCCCAUCAGCUUGCAAACCUGCAGGCACAGACAAGUAAUGGCAGCCUGACUGGCCCAGGUACCUCCAACAAUGAUGAGGAAGAAGAUGAAGAUGACGAAUACGACUAUGACUAUGAAUCUCUCUCUGACGCUGAUGCUCUUAUUGCUUCCCUCUCCACUGCUAUGAAUGAUCAAGAAGACAAUAUUCUUGAUGACAGGCCUGAAAGCAAGCCUUCAAGUGAUAAAUACCACUUCGAGUACACGGAGGAAACUCCACGCAGAAUAAAGAAAAUAUCUUCAGAUGCAAUGCUGCUUAGCAAAGAAAAGGCAAAACAAAAGAGAUUUAUUGUCUACGAUAUGGAAUUGGGCGAAGAAUUCUACUUACCUCAAAAUAAAAAGGAGAGCAGACAGAUAGCGCCUGAACUUUCAGACUUGGUCAUCUACUGUCAGGCUGUCAAGUUUACAGGCCUUUCAACUUUAAAUGCUGCAGGAUCAAACAGAGGGAAAGUGAAGCCCAACAGGAAAUCGAACAGAAUGAGCCCAGGGGAAUCAAUGACAUCAGUUAAAAUAUCUGGAAGAGCAACCUCUUUUGAAGCUAUCAGAAAGAAUUGUGAUGAACCACCUUCUCCUCCAUUUAAUCCAACCACCUCUCUCAGCGCUAUCAUCAGAACACCCAAGUGUUACCACAUAUCGUCAGUGAAUGAGAACACUGCCAAGCGACUGUGCCGACGCUAUUCCCAGGAACUGAUCCAACAUACCGUGUGCCAGUUACUCCGAACAUAUCCGGCUGCAACUCGGAUUGACUCCUCGAACCCAUCACCUCUUACGUUCUGGCUCCAUGGGAUACAGUUGGUUGCUCUCAAUUAUCAAACAGAUGAUCUCCCAAUGCAUUUGAACACGGCCAUGUUUGAAGCAAAUGGUGGAUGUGGUUACGUGCUAAAAUCUCCGGUUUUAUGGGACAGAAACUGCCGCAUGAAUAAUCAGUUUUCUCCUCUGGAACGAGUAGAGAACAUGACUCCGUCCUUGUAUUCCUUAACAAUUAUUUCUGGGCAGUAUGUGUGCCCCAGCAACACAUCAGGGAGUCCAUGUAUUGAAAUUGAUGUGCUGGGUAUGCCUCAGGACAGCAGUCACUUUCGCACUAAACCCAUUCAUCGCAAUACUCUGAACCCCAUGUGGAAUGAGCAAUUCUUCUUCCAAGUUUACUUUGAAGACCUCGUUUUCCUACGUUUUGCAGUGGUGGAAAAUAACAGCUCCACUGUAACAGCACAAAGAGUAAUCCAGUUAAAAGCGCUUAAAGGAGGGUACAGACAUCUACAGCUAAGAAACUCUCAUAAUGAACCCCUGGAGAUAUCUAGUCUCUUCAUUUGCAGUCGACGAAUGGAAGAUAACAACUCUGGAGUUCUACCGCUGGCAUCCAUGUUGUUUAGCACAGAAGACCAAAGAGCUGCUGUCAGUUACCAUGUCACAGUUUAUGGAGUUCCGGGUGCUGAACCAUUCGGCGUUUUUGUUGUCAAUGAGAAGACCACGGCCAGGCAGUUGAUAUUCAAAAUCAUAGGCUCAGCAAGUGGCUCAGAGACAGACAUUUCUGACUAUUUCCUUGUGGAAGAGAAAACCUCCCUUUCUAAAGAAAAGAACGAAUACAAGAAACAGCCAUUCCAGAGAGUCAUUAGUCCUGAGGAGGAAAUUCUAAAAAUUCCACACUGUUGGCUUCUAGAGGAAAAAAUUAUUGGAAAAAUUAUCUUUAAAACCAAAGAAGAGCAGGAGCUAAAUGAAAGGAACUCCAUGAAUGAAACACAAGAGGAUGUGAGUUACAACAGCAGUCCAACAGAAGACGACAGCUUCUUGGUUCAGGUGCAUGAUGUCUCCCCAGAACAGCCCCGUACAGUCAUCAGGGCUUCAAAGUUCAGUACUGCCCAAGACAUUAUUCUGCAGGCAUUGAGUAAAGCCAAAUAUUCCUACAGCAUCCUGAGCAACCCAAAUCCUGGUGAUUAUGUCCUUGUGGAAGAAGUCACAAAAGAACCACUAAACAAGAAAUCAUCCAUGGCGAAACCUGCUCUUCGAAUCCUUUCUGAGAAUGAGUCCGUAUUUCUAGCCCAGAACAAGUGGAAAGGAGCAGGAAAAUUCAUCCUCAAGUUGAAAGAGCAAGUACAGGCUGCGCAAGAGAAGAAGAAAGGCCUUUCCUUUGCCAACGAGCUGAAGAGGUUAACAAAAUCAAGCAAACCAAGCCGGAGUUUCUCAAUCCCACUUCAGAUGAGCUCCCCCGAGAGCAGCCAAAGUAAGGACGAAAGAGCUGCGUGUAGUCUAUCGUUUGCUGAGAUCACCGAGUAGUACCUCUUACAGAAUUGCAGCUCGUGACUGUCCAGGCUAUUUUGAAGUUGACUUGGAUAUUUCCUCUAGCACGGCUAUGUCAAGAUAAAGCAUAGAACUCUUUAACCAAUGCUGGAGAAGACAAAACAAAAAUAACAAUGUAAUGCUCGUCCCUCCUCUGCCUCCUGUACAGCCCUUCUGAAAAACUGGAAAUUACACAAAUAACUUUUUUUAAAAAAAGGUAACGAAAUCCAAUUUUUGGAAUGAAACACAUCACCCAGUAAGGGUCAUACACAGGAGUAUGAGUCAGUCACAGGUUUCAAACAAGCGGGCUUGUUUCAGUGUAUAUAGUUGAACCAAGAAAGAGUUGUGUGUAAGCAAACAGCCAUGACUACUGUUGGACUAUUCAGACACACUAGAGAUGUUAACUUCAAAUUAUACUGAGUAUGAAAACAUACAGGUGCAGAACCUUGACAAUUGCAUUGAUUUGGAUUAUGCACUUUUCAAAACCACUUAUUUUAUUAGUCAUUUGAAAUAUUUGCAGGUUUUAAAGGUUCCUGUAUUCAAUAUGAACGCAGAUCAUGGUAGAAGCUAGUAUUUUAGUAAUAUUAAGCUGAAUUGUUCCAAAUGUUCACUUUAGUUGAUGUUUACAGAGUAUUUACAUCUUGAUUUAGGGAAUAAUCCUUUGUAGAAUAUGUUGGAUUCAUGCAUACAAUCUGAAGAAAAGUAGUGUUAACAUGCUGUAGGUACUGAUUAUUUUUACUGGAGUAGAAAAAUUGUGUAAAUUUCUAGGUAUAUAAAACUGUGCUACAAUUGCAUUAAUAUAAUUAUUAGGUUGAAUUAUUUAUUUAAGCAGAGAUUUAACACUGUUUUCAGUUAAAUUUGCUAUAUUCAGUUUCAGUUCCAGGUGGCAUAACACAUCUUGUAUUUUUAUUUUCAAUUGCUUUACUUUCCUCGUGCACAUGUGAUAAUAUAUUCAGUUUAAUUUUUGUAUUAAAAUGAAACAAAAGUCAUUUUUUGUGAUGUAUUUUCAUUCUUUUGCAUUAAUAUGUACUGUUCAUCAAGGCAAUAUUUUAAAACGUAAUGUACAGAAGUUUUGACUGCCUCGCUACCUUUAAAUUGUUUUAAUAGUAUGGCUAAGUCACAAGAUUUGGAUUUUGAAACAAAGAAAACAUUUAAUAGCCAUGAGCAGAACUACAUCAAUGACAAAUCAAAAUCAACAUCAGGACUGAUUGUGGUAAAUGAACCAAAUACCAAACUACCGAAGAUGACCAAAAGAGCAGGAGCGGCAAGACCCUUAGAAAACCAGAUCCCCUAAAGCUGCAUCUGCCAUAGUUUGUGUGUGCCUGGCUAUGCAAUAACUAAUUAUCAAUGAUGAACCUCUAACAAAGAAAGGCAAUCUGCAGAAUCAUGAAUUGAACAAAAUAACAAGGCAUCAAAAUUUGGUAAUAUAUUUAAGUAAAUUGUUGAAAUGAUAAAAUCUGUGAAUUGCAAUCAGCUAUUACAAAAUAAGUAAGUGGGCUAACUAUUUCAACUGUGGAUAGUCUUAUUUUUCUUUUACUUUCCAUUUCCCUAAUUUAUUUUGCUACUUGUUUUUGUUUAAGAACAGAACAAUAUAAGAGUUUUAAUUCUUGUUUCUCUCUCAUUUUCCUGGAAAACCCAUUUAAAACUGGCUGCAUAAUUUUAAUCCACAAAGCUAAUUAAUCAGGUUGGUUCAAACCGAGUAGAUGCUAAUAUACACAUUUCACAGACAGAUGGAACAUUAGCCUUCUCAGGAUGCAGCGCUCCACAACAUUUAGUAGUACAGGCAGCAUUUUGGGCUCUUUUGAUGUAACCACUACCAUUUACUUUCACUUAAAACUUGCCUUCCUGAGCAGUAAAGUUACCAGAUGACAUUUAACAGGCAACAGCCCACUUUUGGGGGUUGGGGGGAGGAAGAAGAAAAGGUAAGGCCGCAAAAUUGGAAACUUGCUUCAAAUUGACAUGAUUUCAUUUAACAUCUUGCUUAAUGUAGUUAUUUAUUCAUUUUCCUGUUGAUUUCUGUACAUAUAAGUUUAAAUCUCACUUGGGUACUAGCACUAUCAAAAUUGUAAAAUUUUUGUUAUCUUAACUGGUUAAUUCUUUUGUAAAUUGUGUAUUGCUGAAUUAAUCAAUGUUACCUAUUACCAUCUAUUUGUUGCUAUUUAAGAUAUUUCAGUGAAGAUUUUAUUGUUUUAAGCUGUGCCUAUUGUCCUGCCACAAAAUAUUGCUCCACCCAAAACUAUUAAUUGUAUAUUUUCAGAAAAAUAUUUUAAGUUGUAUCAAUGAAAAUCAAUUAAUAGCAAAUUAACUUGUAUAUUAGAUGUCUUCAGUGGAUGUAUGUGCAAAGGUACAACAAAUAGUGUGACAGCAAUUGAUUUCAGAUGUGUCAGAUUGCUUUGAACAUUCAUUAUAAAAUGACUAACAAAAAUAUGGUCUUAACUUUUGUAAAUAUUACAGUUGAACUGUAUAAGUGUUUUUCCUCAUCUUGUACUAUUGAGAAAGUACUAAAGAGAAAUUAUUGGUAGCAAGUUAUCUCUCUGAAAUCCAGAACUUUGUAUAUUGAUAGAAUAAAGUACAUAAAGGACAUAGUGAUUACUGAAGGUGUUGGUAUUUUUAUAAUGCAAACAGUAUGUUUGUUAAGGGUGGAAACACUGGCUCAGAAUUUGCGGUAUAAAUUUUUAAAAACUGUCAGGUCCCUUCACUGUUAUAAUAUCACAACAUCUUCUGGUGCACAGAUUUUCUCAGCAAAAUGUGGUCAUCUAAAAAGUAAGUGACAAACUGCUCUUCCAUAGAUGAAAAGACUCAUUUCUGCUUCUGUCUGCCUGACCCUUAAAAUUAUUUUAUGAUUGCAAUGCACCAUUUCACCUUCAAAGAUUAGGGCACACAGAAUUAUUUCACUUUUAUAGCUAAAUUUCAUAAUAUCUAUUACUUGAAAUUAAAUCUAAUCAUUUGGCCUGCUGGCACCAAUGGUGAAAAUCACUAAAGUUGUGAAAACUGACACUACACAGCAGGUUAUAAUGUAAAGGGCAGUUUUCUUUAAGAUCAAUGGUAAAUGUUGCUAUUUCGGUGUCAACCGUGAAAUCUGGGCCACUGCCAGAAAAGUCAUUUUAUUAUAAGAAUCAUUUGGUUGUAGAUUGUUUUGAAUGUGUGAUGUUUUUAUCUAUAACGGACUGUAAAUUAGUGUAUUAAUGUUGAAUGGAUCAGAAUAAAUAUUAGAUUCAUUCAUCUUUAAUAAAACAUCUGUAUUUAUAACCAAGGUAUUUUAUCCAGUGUGCCUGUCUGAAUUUAAAUGCUGAAAUGAUCUUGUGUCUCUAAAACUCAGCUAUUCCAUCUAUACUCAAGGCUGGUCUCGCUUAUCCAGUUAAUAUGGAAUUUUAACUCCCAACACUUGCUGUAUUCUGACUCACUAUUACAUCUGGUUAAACACUGUUUCAAAUGUUACUUAAUCUUGCUGUUCAGCUAUCUCUAUCCUCUCUUGCAACCCUACCUAUAAUAUUUGCAUUUCUCCAAUUAUAAGCACUGCAUUACUAGUAAUUGGGCCUGAUCUGUGCAGCUGAAGCAAAUAUCAAGUCAUGUGUGAUCUUACUUGAGGUUCCAUUUGGCCGAUUCCUAUUGUUUAAAAAAAAUGCAAAAGGUUAAAGAAAUGUUACUCUCAGUUCAGAGACCAGGCUGAAAUGUUUCAGCUACAAUUACUAUGUGGCUUCAUUUUCUCUCAUCAAC